AAUAUUUUAAGUUGAUUAACGUAAAUGGACUGUUUUUGUUUGUUUGUGUUUUAAAUUAUAAUCAUUUCUAUACCCUAAAAUGCACAUUAAACAUGUAUGUAUUGAAUUUGAAAUAUACGUAUUAUCAUGUCAAGUUUAUAUAACGUUUUCCGAUAAUGUACCUAUUGAUUAUGACAUUGAAAUUGAUGUGAAAUCAAUUAGUAUAACGUUAGCAGAAAAAGACGUAUACAUUUUAAACAUUAAAGAGUAUACAUUUGAAGAAGACGAAGUAAGAGAUAUCAAAGUUUAUGGCAAUAAAUUACUAUUUCGAGCUCAGUUAAAUAGCUGCCCCAAAAUUGAAUCGUCUUGCUUUUCAUUCACACCUGAAUAUAUGCCUAAAGUGAAAAGUGCCGAAGAAGUCUUCAUUACAUGUUGUUCGUGUCAAAAUUUAAUUGACAGAAAAUCAUUUAAUUUUCGCCGAGUCUUACCAGUAGAGUUAUAUGAAGUUGAUAAUAUGUUUUGUCAUGGAGGAACAGAAAAUUUAGUUUUCCAUCCACAAGAAGAUGACUGUUACUAUGACAAAGUAUCAAUCUAUAUUAGAAAUAAACAUUGGACAUCAUCCAACUCUGUCAAAUGUAAAAACUGUAAUUUAUGUUUAGGUGUAUGUGUAGAAUACGGCUUAAGGUUGUGGUUAGACUCUGUCACUUUUAAAUUUGGGGAUAACGAUGAACAAACAAAUGCUCCACCAUAUGACUGUUUUGCUAUUUUAGUAGAUGAUAUUGUUAAAACGAUGCUCGGACCAAUUUCACACAUUAUAAUGAAAUUCAAGGAUUCUGAAAAUCUGUAUCAUUAUUUAUUAAUGAAAGUCAUUAAAAAAAAUGAAUUUGCUAUUGCUUUAAAUCCUAAUUGUAGUAACGUUCUUACGCUUAAUAGAAAAAAUUGCUCAAGUAUUAUUUGGCAUACAUCUUCUGAAUUCGUAGAAAAAUGGAGAAAUGAUUAUUUUGUCACAGAAAUUCAAAUAUCGGAAAGAAUGUAUCAAAGCGCAAUUAAAUAUUUAACUGAAAUUAACAAACAACUUCUUAUUGGAAAUUGUUCAACCGGAAUUGAGAAAUCACGGAAAUCUUAUUUAUUCACAGAUUUAAUUGAAUAAUUUCAACAUAAUUCUGCAUAAAAUAUUGUAGAACUAACCAUAUAACCAAUUACCUAUAUGCUCAAUACAAUAUUAUAGUUUUAAAUUUUGUAUAAAAACAUUCCAUUUUUAAUUUAUCAUUGUUAUGAAUCAUAAAUAAAGAUAAUCU